CUUAUACACCCUAACGAAUCGAACCAUAUCGCUCCAUAACGAAAGAAUCGAUAACGAAGCACCUAUUGCUAGAGAAAAAUCGCUACUCGAACCAAUCAUUGUGUUGCUGGGGGGGAUUUUCCUUGGAGAAGCGACACUUGCUCCGUUGCCAACACUUCAUUACACAUUUGAUACACAUCAGAAAUAGUCCUUUAUCAUGGCUACUGCAGCAGGAUCAAGUCCUGCCAAAACCCACAAGGGUAUUUUUUCUAAGCGUACCGGCACCGAAAGAAUUCCUCUCACGCCCUCACCUCGCAACUCCCUCAACCUAAACUCUUCUCCCUUCACUCCUGAGAAUGCAAAGGCUUCCAAACCUACCUAUAGCGGCAACUUGAUGGCCCACUAUGGCCGGACAUCAUCAUCCACCGCCAACUCUCAGCGAGAGUCUCAGCAGGAGCCUCAGAGAGAAUCCUAUCGCGAUUCUUCCAAGUCUAAUGUAGCUCUUCCGGUUCAAACGCCCCGCAACACGCUCGCACUCGGAGUGUCUGACUACGCACUUACCGGUACCGGCCUUUCCACGAGUCCUCCUGCUCCAAAGAACAAGAAGGGAUCGCUUCGACAAAAGCCGAGCAAGACGACGGUGAACUACAACGGCGACCGCUUCAUCCCCAACCGCGCAGCCAGCUCCGCAAUCGCCAAUACUGGAUCGAGCAAAGCCAGCGGCCCUGAGAGGAAGAAGAAAUCCAAGCCAAGCAGCUCGGAGAGGUCACCUGCUCCCGAAUCAGGUGAGGAUGAUGGAGAAACUGCUUCUGCUUUGGAGGGCUUGAGCAUCCUCGACGACGAUGAGGAUGAGAGCUACGUCCGCCCUUCACCAAAUACUGUGGCCUAUCAAGAUUCUCUUGCCAAUGCCUGUGGCGUGAGCCUCAAGACUCGCAUCCUGGAGUUUAAGCCUGCUGCGCCAGAAUCGUCCAAGCCCAUCGAUCUCCGCCAGCAGUACAAUAGACCUCUCAGACACGCCGGAUCUAGCUCUGCCCAGACUCGCCGACGCAUCGCUACUGCCCCUGAGCGUGUUUUAGAUGCACCUGGCCUGAUUGAUGACUAUUAUCUCAACUUGUUGGACUGGAGUUCUGGCAACCAAGUUACCAUCGGCCUGGAGCGCAGCGUCUACGUCUGGUCCGCGGACGAGGGCAGCGUCAGCUGCCUGAUGGAGACCACCCCCGACACGUACAUUAGCAGCGUCAAGUGGUCCGAAGAUGGUGCCUACGUUGGCGUUGGCCUCGGCACGGGCGAAGUCCAGAUCUGGGAUGUAGCCGAGAGCCAAAAGAUUCGAAGUAUGUUUGGACAUGAUACGCGCGUUGGUGUCAUGGGCUGGAACAAGCAUCUGCUUUCUACUGGCGCCAGAAACGGACUCGUUUUCAACCACGACGUUCGGAUUGCUGAACACAAAGUUGCCGAGUUGGUCUCGCAUACCUCCGAAGUGUGCGGCCUCGAAUGGCGGUCUGAUGGCGCUCAACUUGCUACCGGCGGCAACGACAACUUGGUCUCCAUCUGGGAUGCCCGAUCCUUGUCUGUGCCCAAGUUCACCAAGACCAACCACAAGGCGGCAGUCAAGGCACUCGCAUGGUGCCCUUGGAACGCCAACCUGCUUGCCACUGGCGGUGGUUCAUACGAUCGUCACAUUCACUUUUGGAACUCCACUACGGGAGCGCGUGUCAACAGCAUCGAUACCGGCUCCCAAGUCACGUCCCUCCGCUGGAGCCCCCACUACCGCGAGAUCGUGAGCUCGAGUGGCUUCCCAGAUAACUCUCUGAGUGUCUGGAGCUACCCUACCCUGGUCCGCAAUGUCGAAAUUCCUGCUCAUGAGAGCCGUGUCCUUCACAGCUGCCUCAGUCCCGACGGCCAGAUGCUGGCCACCGCUGCUGCUGAUGAAAGCUUAAAGUUUUGGAAGAUCUUCGAGAAGAAGGCCGGAUCUAGUGUCGGUACUGGUGGCGCAGGAGCAUCUGGAAAGGCCGAAAUGGCCAAGCAGAUGACAAUUCGAUAGAUAACGGUCCCCUCGUGGCUGUUACUCAUCAGCCUUGAAGUAAAGUAUGUGAGCCUCUUUGAAUGGCGUCUCUCUUUCUCUAUCAAUGGUGGGAGCAUCUGCUUUUGAAAUGGCGUUUGGGGGAUUGCCGUCUGCUAUUCUCUCUGCACGUGGUACGAAAGUGCUUCUCCACGAAUGAAUAAUAAAUAGGAUAGGUCGGAUCUGAACACGAGCUAUGAUGGAAUGUCUAAGACAAAGAGCAACCAAAAAAGAAAGUUACAAAAAAAAAAAAAACUUUGUAGUUACUUGUUACGUUAUGUCUUACACGGAUAUUGAUUUCAAUGGGAAGUCUGGCGUUUGGGAGGGUCAAGGAACCGCCUGGUUUGGUGUCCAUCAACCACCGUGUUUAUGGAAGGGAUUUUGAAGAAAAAAAGUCUUGUAGCUUAGAUAACGUUGAAUGAAUAUUUUGUUUGAAUACAA